AUGAGCAUCAGCGUCAGUCGCGAGUCCAUCUCCAAGCUCAUGGGCGAGCUCGUGGAGACCUUCCCCAUGGAGGCCGAGGGCCGCUCGUCCAUCUCGGACUUCGGCAAGCUGCUCUUCACCGAGGGCCAGGCCGGCGGCGCCCCCAAGGGCGACGGCAAGCGCGUGUUCACAGAGAUCAAGGGCGUGCCCCGCCAGAAGCAGCACGACAUUAUGAAGACGAAGGACAAGGCCGUGCCCAAGCGCUGGACGCAGGAGGAGGACGACAAGCUCCGCGAGGCCGUGGGCCGCCACGGCGAGCGCAACUGGAAGUCCAUCGCCGAGGAGGUGCCCGGCCGCAACCACACGCAGUGUCUGCAGCGUUGGACAAAGGUGUUGGCCCCUGGCCUGGUGAAGGGCCACUGGCGGCCCGACGAGGACGAGCUGCUGAAGGAGCUGGUGGCCGAGGGCCGCAAGAACUGGGGCCAGGUGGCCACGCGCAUCCCCGGCCGCACGUCCAAGCAGUGCCGCGAGCGCUGGUACAACCACCUGGACCCGAGCAUCGUCCGCGGAGAGUACUCGCCCGAGGAGGACCGCAUGAUUCUCGAUGCGCAGGCCAGACUCGGCAACCGCUGGUCGGCCAUCGCCGCCAUGCUGCCGGGCCGCACAGAAGACGCUGUCAAGAUCCGCUGGAAGUCGCUCUGCAGAGUGCGCAAGGGGUGCGUUGCGUGUGUGUUUCCUUGCUUGAAGUUUGUAUGCACCCCUUGA